UUUCAGCUCCAACUUCAAUUAGAAGGAGUUGAUUUUGAGAGAUCAACAAAAGAACCGACCAAAGCCUUAUUAAAGGUCCUAAGAAGAUCUCCCGGGUCCUUUGAGAAGCAGUUAAGGAAACAGUGUGGCCUCCAUCAUAUUCUGUUACCGUAUUUUAUUCGGACUCCAAAGGAAAGUGUCGCUUGGGGGAAGGGGAAGCACUUUGAUGAGUGGCGGCUGCGGCCCCCUUUCACUCAGCGGGCUCCCCCUUCCUUCUCCUCCUCACCCAGCGCCCGGUCAGUUUGCGGUGCCCAACCCCAGCCGGCCAGGGCAAAGCGAGCGCUCCACAAGGCGGUGCGCCUGGCAGCUCCUUGACUCGCCUUCACUCCUGUUCAAACUUUUCACUCCGCCCGGUGGUGGGAUAGGAGUGGGGAUAGAUUAAGAGGAAGGGGUUAGGAAUUCCUGGAAAGGGAGCAAAGUCGUGCCCAAUAUUCAUGAAGAGGUGCCAUAUAAAAGAAUUGCCUUGUUCAGGGUUGGGCCGAAAAUUCUUUUCUUACGCUUUGAAAAGUCCACACAGGUAAACGUACUUGGCAAGUGUUUGUUCGACUGAGAAAUGGGCUUCGCCAAUACGAACAAUCCGGGGAAAUAGCCUAGAGAAGGCUCCUUCCUCAGCAGGUGGGAAAGAAAUUGAGGGGCAGGGGUCUGUAACCACAUUUUCCACCAGACUAAUCCGAGUAGGUGGGGACGUGGAAGGAGAGACAGAAGAGUGUGAAAAAGAGUUUUCUAUCAAGAUCAUAGGACUGAGAAGGUGUGUGUGUGAGAGAAAGAAAGGGACGCUGGGGUCCGAAGGUUCAGAAGACUUGCAGUCACCCUUGGUGGGGUUCCGGUACCCCUGGAGACGCCGAGGAGCUGGUUGGCUGCCCGGCUGGUCUCUGUGAAGGCGAGAGGUAGAUGGUGAGCGGCCCGGGCAGCUGAGGGCAGGCCAGGCCCCCCAGAAGCAACAGCUUGAAGGAUUGAUUCCGUGGUAGGAGCCCUGUAUUGCUCCUGGCCUCAGGCCCCCUGGAUCCGUCGGGGCGCCUCCACCCGGCUGUUAGCAUGAUGUCUUACCUCAAACAACCUCCAUAUGGCAUGAAUGGUCUGGGCCUGGCUGGGCCUGCCAUGGACCUCCUGCACCCCUCCGUGGGCUAUCCGGCAACCCCGCGGAAGCAGCGACGGGAACGCACCACCUUCACGCGCUCACAACUGGACGUGCUCGAGGCGCUCUUUGCCAAGACUCGCUACCCUGACAUCUUCAUGCGCGAGGAGGUGGCGCUGAAAAUCAACCUUCCGGAGUCCAGAGUUCAGGUCUGGUUCAAGAACCGCCGCGCCAAGUGCCGGCAGCAGCAGCAGAGCGGGAGCGGAACCAAGAGCCGCCCCGUCAAGAAGAAAUCCUCUCCAGUGCGGGAGAGCUCCGGCUCCGAGAGCAGCGGCCAGUUCACGCCGCCCGCUGUAUCCAGCUCUGCCUCAUCCUCUAGCUCGGCAUCCAGCGCCUCCGCCAUCCCGGCGGCCGCUGCGGGCCUGGGAAACCCGGCGGUGGCAGCCGCGCCGUCGCUGAGUACGCCCUCGGCUUCGUCUAUCUGGAGCCCGGCCUCCAUCUCGCCCGGCUCAGCGGCCGCGUCUGUGUCCGUACCCGAGCCACUGGCUGCGCCGAGCAAUGCCUCGUGUAUGCAGCGCUCUGUGGCCGCAGGGGCCGCCACAGCAGCAGCCUCCUAUCCCAUGUCCUAUGGCCAGGGUGGCAGCUAUGGCCAGGGCUACCCCGCGCCCUCCUCUUCCUACUUUGGCGGCGUGGACUGCAGCUCAUACCUAGCGCCCAUGCACUCGCAUCACCACCCGCACCAGCUCAGCCCCAUGGCACCCUCCUCCAUGGCAGGCCACCAUCAUCACCACCCGCAUGCACAUCAUCCGCUGAGCCAGUCCUCAGGCCACCACCAUCACCACCAUCACCACCACCACCAAGGCUACGGGGGCUCGGGGCUUGCCUUCAACUCUGCUGACUGCUUGGAUUACAAGGAGCCUGGCGCCGCUGCUGCUUCCUCGGCCUGGAAACUCAACUUCAAUUCGCCCGACUGUCUGGACUAUAAGGACCAAGCCUCUUGGCGGUUCCAGGUUUUGUGAGCCCAGGAGGGAAAGGAAAAGGAAAAAACACAACUACCUGUGCCCUCGGUGGUCCCCAUCCUGUUGUUGCUGCUGCACUGCCCGCCUUUGCCUCGGCUUCUCCAAAACUGAAUUUUCAUACCCCUAAAAGAUGCCCACUGCCUGCACUGCCCCCCCCCAUCUUUGUGUCACUUGUUCUGGGGAUGUGCAAACGCGCCUACCCAGUGAAUGGGGACGGUGCUUUGGCUUCACCCACACCUUCUCCUCGGGAUAGUUGUGUACUCUCCCUCUCAACCCCCACAGACCUAAGUUACUCCCUCAUCUUUCUGGACAGCUAUUAUGCACUUGCAGCCUUCUGAGGCUUUUCGCUAUGACCAACUGUUUGAGCCCAGUACUAUUAUUUAUUCUUUCUGGACACUGGAGUCACUAACUGGCGAGUAUCUGCCCAUUGGAAUGCGCCCACACACUACUCCAAAUCAAAACAACCACUAAGUGAUUCUCCCUCCUAGACUGCCGUCCCCUUGGCUGCCCUCCUUUCUCCUUCCUGCCUGCAAGCCAGAGCUUCCCGGCUUUUCCUUCUUCCCGGCGGGGUGUGUGGGGCCAGGCCCGAAAGAAGAGCGCUCCUUAGCCUCGAGCACAGAACCGCGUCCCCGCCCUGCGCUGGACUAGUUGAAGCUUCCGCCCCGGCGGGAAUGCUGUACAUAGUCGGGUCCGUUCCAUGGACCACUUAAAACUUUUUAGUUGCUGUUGGUUGAACUGAGCAUAUCUCCUCUUAGCGCCCAGGAAACACACACACACACACACACACACACACACACACAUAUAUACAUAUAUAAAAACAAAAGCUAAAAAUAUUUUUCCUCUGUCCCCCUUCCCGUUUUCCUCAAACGAUGGCGCUUUUAUUUUCCAGUUACAAAGCUAUCCUGCUCUCUUCACAUCUCCCUCUGUGUAUUUAUUAGAGAAUAGCUUGAUUCCAGGAAGCUGAGCGCGGAGGACCAGGAGUGUGGAAGAAACAGCCAAAUCAGGGUACAGAGUUGGGGGCCAGACUAGGGUGGGGCACAGGACUGAGCCCUUUGCUUGGUCUAAGCACAGGGUCGCUGUUCCGGGUUAGAGACCAAAACAAAAGAAAACAAACGAAAAGGUGAAAAAUAUGGCAUUUGGAAGAACAAACUCAGGCCCAAACCCCAGUUCCAAUUGCUCUGUUUUAAACAUCCCUGUUUUGACUAGUGAGUUUUUAGUGCACCUUCAUUCUCGGAAAUCUGGAAAGCCUGCGAGCCUAUGUAUCAAUUUCGGUUUUGGCCGCUUCGUCCAGUAGGUGGGAAAGUAAUUUGUAAAUUUGAUUUGUCCGAUGUGAAGAUCACAAAUUACUUGUUGAAAUGUAAGGCCGUCCCCCUUCUCUUCUUUAUCUACAUUAUUUCCCAAAAUAAAUGCAAAUUAAUGAAAGGUUUGUCAGUGUUGCUUUUGAUUCCAGCCUCAGGUCCCAGUCUCAGGGCGCUAAAAGCGAGGGAAAAUGCGUUAAUAACCUG